CAAAUAUCUCAGCCGUUCUGGAAUAUACGGGGUAAGACUUAAAAAAGUGCAACUCUGCCUUGUCCUCCUCUCAGCACAUGUAUCAGAUAGGAUCUCUUUUCAUCUUUAGAAGGUUAUCGUUUCUGGACUGUUGUACGGUGACCCGUAUCGUGGCGCACUACUUGGCCUGCCUGCAGUCCAUAUUCCGAAUAUAACUUGUGUUGGUUUCAUGUUGGGGCCUACAUGAUCAUGUAUCCCCAGCAGUGUGGGGAUAUUUCUAUGUCUUCUCUGUCCCAAAAGCAUUUGGCUGAAAACCGAUAGUGAUCUUGAGUCCUAAUUUACACUUUGUUAGUCUCUUGAAUGUUGAAGGAUAAUGCAAUGUAACUAUGUCGACUUCAGGUUUCUAUAUUACAUCUAUAAUUCAAUACGAAGAUGGACAAACCUGAACUGAUAUGUUUCACUCAAUUCAUGGAUAUGUUGCCUAUAAUGUUUGUUAAAAACGUAAUUUUUCCAGCCGAAUACAUCCUCCCCUGCUACAAAUCCGACCCCGAAAUCAACAAAUGUCUACGGAAUACUUUCAACCAUUUAAGACCUUAUCUGAAAACCGGCAUCAGUGAUAUAGAAGUACCUAGCAUCGAUCCUCUAAAAAUCAACACACUGAUUAUGGAAAAUGGAAGAGGGCCUCUCAGGGUGAAAGCUUCCUUCUACAACAUCACCACUACUGGGGCCAGCAAUUAUUCUAUCGGACAAAUAAAGACUGACUUGGACAAGUACAUAAUCGAAUUAGGAGUUGUUCUACCAAGGAUCGAAAUCAGAGGAAAAUAUGACGUCAAUGGCAAUGUGCUUUUGUUUCCUGUAAGGUCAAAGGGAGACUUCUGGGCUAUAUUCUGUAAGUACACUAGCAUUCAAAGCAAAACAUAUUUGAAAAUCUGCUAUUUUUUAUACUCCAACUACCACGAAGGCCUAAAGCGUAAAUACUCAUGGGGUACCGUGGGGCUACAGGAGGGAUACAGGAGAAAGGGGGUACGCCACAAGGACUCUGGCGAGGGAACACGUGUGCAUGCAAUAUGCCGCCUACGAGAUCCGCUGGGUCGUACGUCCGCGUUCGACAGCCAAAGACCGUCUACCACCAACGAACAAUCACAACAUCCAUAG